AUGUCCCAAGCUCAAGCUUCCUACUUGUACACUCGAAUUCGAGAAGCGCUGCCAUGGAAUGGUGGUGAUCCAAACGUCAAAGGUGAUCCCCGGAAAAGUGUCAAAUGGGUCGAUGGCCUUCGAGGUAUCGCAUCCUUCCUUGUCAUCCUCACCCACCUUGCCCGAGCCUGGGACUACGAUCUGUUUGCCCCUCGGGAUUCUGAAGAUGCGUCUCCCAGACUGCUGCAGUUGCCCGUGUUCCGCAUCCCGUGGCAGGGCCGUAUCGGUGUCACCAUCUUCGCCUUCUUGACUGGCUACGUCUGCGCUCUGAAACCGCUGAAGCUCUCACGAAAUGGAAACGUCCUCGGCGCCUUUACCGCUGUCGGCAAAAGUGCCUUCCGCCGCCCCCCACGUCUCAUCAUGCCCGCGACAAUCGCUAUGAUAAUAUCCUGGGCCAUGGCUCAGUGCGGUGCGUUCAUCGCUGCCAACCGGUCAGAUUGCUGGUGGUGCCGAUACGCUGCUCCGGAUCUCGAGGACUCUUUCUGGAAGGAGGUGAUUCGCUUGGGCAAGAACUUCCUUUCUACCUGGACGACGGGAUACAUGGCCUAUGAUGAUCAUCAGUGGGCGAUGCUGCCUCUGCUGAUGACUUCUAUGUUGGUGUAUCUCUUGACUUGUGCUACUAUGUUCAUGCGUUUCCGCUGGCGGCUUGUUGUCUAUCUCAUCAUGGCGCUUUACUUCCACCAGGACAACGCUAAGAACACAGAAACCUUCCAACUGCAAGGUGUUUACGGCAUGUUCCUCAGCGAUUUGUCCUAUGAAGUCUCGUUCCAAGAGUUCCUCGAGAAGUGGAAGUGGCCCCGACGGGUCGUGGCCGCUAUCCUCUGUGCCUCCGGUCUCUUCAUUGCCGGCUACCCCGGUGAACACCCUGAAUGGAGUACCUGGUCCGAAGUCAUGCACAAAGCUGCUCACUACAUUUUCCCUCCCGACGUCAACAUCGGUAAGCGCUACACCGCCGUCGGUAUCGACUUGAUCAUCUUUGCCAUCUACAUCUCCCCCAGCGUCAAAGAAUUCCUCUCGAACCGCCUCCUUCUUUGGCUUGGUGGUCGGUCUUUUGCCGUCUACCUCGUCCACGGAACCUUACUCCGUACCGUCCUCUGCUGGUGUCUCUACGGUAUCACCGGUCAGCCCUUCGACCCUAAUGUGAAGCAAGAGGGCAAGGAUGAGCCCGUGUGGAUCCCGAUCCGCCCACCAUGGGUUGUCGCCAUCAGUAUUCCUCUCUGGAUCUGCUUGGUAUACUUCUGUGCAACCUUAUGGACAAACUACGUUGACCCCUUCUGUGCUCGCCUGACCCAGAAGAUGGAGAACCGCAUGUUUAUCCAGGACGAAAAGCCCGCCCAAGCCGAGUCAUUACCCUUGACCUCGAUGCCCAUGCAGACGAUGCCCAUCCAGAGCGCUUAA